CCUCUCUGCCGCGACCACGCCAGCGACUCCAUGACCACAUCGUCGGCAUCCCAGCCAGCCCGAGCGGUUCCUCUAUCAUUACAUGCUGGAGGCAUAGCGACUUUGGACCAAGGAAGCCGGUGUGCAUGUCUGGGACACUUGUCUUUCUACGGUUCGACUCCCAACGCGCAUGUCGCUGCUGCUCCGCCGGCGUCAAACAGCAUCUCCAAAGUCGACGCCGCCACCACCACCAUCUAUAAUCGUGACCGAGACACCCUUGGCUCAUCACAUUUUCAUCGGCGGCGCCUCAGCAGUCGCUCUAUGCAGUGCGCACAUUAGCUCUAGGAAUCCCUAGACCAAACACACGUCUCACAUUCGCCGUAUUGCUAUCCAAAACCCGCUUGGAAGCCGAAACGCGGCCGUUCCUGAGAGACAUCAAACCUCGGCCAUGAUAAUACCAGAGCAGACACAGCAUGAGGCGCUUCUCGACCGCUGUCACCAUCACAGACCCGCUGGUUAAGUACCAGACAUUGGUCAAGUCCGGCAUAUACUCGCCAGAUCCAGCACAGCACCGUCUAGCCAGACAUCUGCGAGACAUUUACCUCCGAAUCAAGGACUACUCGCCGCAGGUCGAGUACAAGCAGAGGCUUAGCGAGGUCGCUCGCCUGACCGAGACGAAGAUCCCGGAGGACGACGAUGCGCAUGGCAUCCUGGCGCUGAGAAACCAUGCCAUCUGGCGCAAUCCGCUCUUCAAGCACUUGCUGCCGGCCAGCGAGUCACGCGAUGGCUUGGCCCUGACCAGGGUCCUGAACAGCCAUGAGAUGGCCAUGGAGAUUGACUCUCCCAAGGGCCUCUUCUUAUCAGGCGAAGUUGGAACCGGAAAGUCCAUGCUUCUUGACCUCUUGGCGGAUGGCCUGCCAACCCACCGCAAAAGGCGGUGGCACUUUAACACAUUCAUGCUCUACACGGUCUCACAGCUAGAGAAACACAGGGAAUCUCACACGAGCGCUUUUGCCGCCAAAUCGGAGUACUCCAUCGCCUGGAUGGCAAAGAAGCUUGUUGAUGAAUCGCCCAUCCUCUUCUUGGACGAGUUCCAGCUACCGGACCGGGCGGCGAGCAAAAUACUCAGCCAUCUCUUCAUCGCCUUCUUCCAACUCGGCGGGAUAUUGGUCGCUUCAUCCAACCGCAUGCCCGAGGAACUUCAAAAAGCCACCGGCGUCGACUACGCACCGGGUCCCACCCGGGGGUUCAUGGGCAAGAUCUUUGGCACUCGUGGUCGCGGCGAGCUCUACGGGCCGAGCAGCGACUUUGCAAAUUUCCUCGAGGUUCUCAAGGCACGGUGUGAUUUUUGGCAGAUGGAGGGAGCGCAGGAUUGGAGGAGAAAGGAGGAGCUGGACAGUCCCGGGGCCGCGACGAGUGACCAGGCUGCGGUGCUCGCCGUUGCCACAGAUCCCAAUAGCACUGCGAAUGCUGCUAGCACAGCAGCAGACGGAGGCGAGGCACGGAAACGCCCAUACUACUACUACCUCCUGGGUAGGGAAGAUGCUCCUUGGCAGCAAAGUAUCCGAAACGUGCUCUCUUGGACGGGAGCCGAGGCUAUCCCUUGGGGGCCUUCAACCCGCGUCGUCUACGGGCGCAAGGUCGUUACUCCGCUGCACCAUCAGGGCCAUGUCUUUUGGGAGUUCGACAGGCUUGUUGAGUCCUUUGGGCCCGCGGACUAUAUUUCCAUGGCCUCGUCGUAUCACACUUUCAUCAUCGACAAGGUGCCGGUUCUGACAGUCUUGCAAAAGAAUGAGGCGAGGCGCUUCAUCACCUUGCUCGACGCGCUCUAUGAGGCUCGCUGCAAGCUCGUCAUCAGAGCGGCGAGCCCGCCGGAUGAUCUGUUCUUCCCCGAAACGCCGCGUCGUGCUGCCAAGGAGUCAAGCAAAGAAGUCGGAGCCGAGGAAACCGCCGGCGACGCCACCUACUCGGAGACGGCGGCCGAGGUCUAUCAGGACCAAGUGUCCCCGUUCCGCCCCAACGUAUCGUACUACGACACGCCUUCGGCGACGGCCAAGUACGACCCGGACCAAGACUCCGACUUUGGCCUGCAGAAGCAGCAGGUCGUCGACUUUGGCAGGACGGGCGCCUUCACGGGCGAGGACGAACGCUUUGCGUAUAAGCGCGCCACGUCUCGGCUGUGGGAGCUGUGCAGCGCCCGGUGGCACUCGAGGACCGGUGACUGGUGGCAACCGCUGCCCGCCGCGGCGCGGCACUGGGAGGGCGGCGCCGUGUCCAAACCCCUGGGGGAGCACGUCGCAGCGAGUAGCGGGCACACAGGCGAGGGCAUGGGCGAAAGCGUGGAGGUUGACGAGCUGGCAGGUCUGGCCAAGUGGAGGGUUGAGCAUUUCCGGAAACAAAGCGGGUGAACAUAGAGCACAUUUGGAUGAGCAUCACAGCGCCGAGCGCGAGCUCGGAAGUCCGUCAGUCAGUCAUAUUAGAGACAGAGACGCAACAUCAGGAUAUACAACGUGGGGGAAAUAGUCUUUGUGUGAA